GGUAGCUGUGCGGUCGUGUCCUCGCUCAAUCCAUGUGAAAACGAAUUAAUAUAAGUGCGAAAAAAAAAAACGAACAAAAGACUUGAUUAGCAGUAGUGCCUUGCUGAGUUUUUGUUAUGUGAUUUUCUGUGUCAUCAAAGUUCAGAGAGUCUGCAAAAAUGACGGUUUCGGCAACUAACCCCCAAUCGGUCAUCGAAGUAAUCGAAAAUAAAGUACGGUCAGACGUCUCGCAAGCAUCAGGAUGCAGAGCCAUGUACGCGUGGUGCUAUGAGUGGAGACAAAUCGUAUCGGAGUUUAUUUCCACGUUGCUGCUUCUCGUGUUUGGGUGCAUGGCAUGUAUACCGCACGCUGGAUAUUUACCUCAACCACCAAUAUACGGAGCACUAGGGUUCGGUUUGGUAGUCUCGUUUAAUGUCCAAAUAUUUGGACAUAUAUCUGGAGCGCACAUGAACCCGUCCGUCACACUGGCCUCGCUGAUAUGGGGCGCGAUAUCGUUUCCGCUGGCUAUUGCGUUUAUAGUAGCACAAUGCGCAGGAGCGAUUUUAGGAUACGGAUUGUUAAUAGCUGUUUCGCACAUAGACAUGGAUGGGGUCUGUAUGACGUUACCACGUACGGAAAUUACAUUGUUUCAAGCUUUAAUCGUCGAAGCAGUUUUGACUGCGGCUCUUUCAUUUUUGAACUGCGCCUGCUGGGAUCCCGUCAACAAGAACAAACAGGACUCCGUUCCGGUUAAGUUUGGUUUGGCUAUUGCGGGAUUAUCGAUAGCUGGAGGGCCACUAACCGGCGCCAGUAUGAAUCCCGCGAGGUCCUUGGGCCCGGCUUUGUGGACGGGUAUUUGGACAGGUCACUGGGUUUACUGGGUUGGACCACUAGUGGGGUCUGCAAUCGCUGCUGUAUUUUAUCUUUUCGUUUGGUUGAAAAAAGAAGACACUCCCUGAUUCAUUAUCGAAUUACGACUGUGUCAUAUUAUAAUGUGAUGACUUUCAGUUUACGUGCUAUUUUAAAAGUGUUUUCGGCUUUAUAAAGCUCGACAGAUGUUUUCACAAUGACUAAAAUGCUCUGUACGUGUAUUUGUUGAGUGAAAAUUAGUGUACUGUGCCAAAAACCGUAACUAAAAGUACUUCAGAGUUUAUUUGUUUCAUUUUACGUUACAGAAAUGUUUUCUAAAUGAAUAUUAUAAAUUAUAACUCUAGUCUCUUUAGAAAAAAUGCCAUUCACAUUGCUCUAUUAUUUUUAAUUUGCGAAAAAAAAAUUGUACAUAUCAAAAUAGUGAAACCUAUAAUUAAAUGUAUAUACACAAA